AUGCGUGCCAUAUCAAAUAUCGUCCCAAUCCUUCUGCCACUCGCAGCCUAUGCUGCUCCGGCGCCGGCCGUCGAAGAGAGAGGUCUACUGGACCCAGUCGUCUGUCUCCUCAACAAUCUGCUAGUUGGGCUGCGCAACGACCCGCUUGCAACCCCCUACUGUUCCAGCGUGCUGGGCAUCCGGCCGCUCACAGCGUCUGCGUCUGUGGCCGUCACCGUUCGUCCGACAAUCACGUCCACCGUCAGCAUUGGUGGAGGCACGGUGACUUUCACCGUAGGAAGGCAGGAUACUACUCAGGUCACAACCACUGCUACUGCCACAAGCACCAUCACGAGCACCGUGACGAGCACGACGUCCAUCUCCACAGUAACAUGUCUGGACGCCGCGUACACCGCCUCCGUGGGUCGUCGCGACGCUCCCAUUGACCCGCCCGCGCUAGACAAGCGUCAAGUUAGUGUUUCUGCUUCUGCGGCUGUGACACCUACGAUUAUCCCACCCAGCGCCCAGCCCGGCAACAUCCAGACUGCCUGCUCCUGCCUGGGGCUGACGACCAACACCAUCACCAUCACUCCUACGGUGACUGCUGGUGCUGGCGUUACCAACUUUGCCACUGUCAACCUCGGUGCACAGGUCUCACUCACGAUUACACUCAACGAGUUGGUUACUGGCACGACAACGGUAACCACGACGGUCACAACCACCACAACCUCGACACAGGGGGUAGUCGGCACCUUCCUUGCCAACCCGGACGGUCUCAGGUUCAAGAAGUAUCAGCACCAGUUCAGCGCUGACAAUAAUCCCGGCGCCUUCAACGUCGAAUACUUCAAGAACACUGGUUUCGACUUCGCCGGAUCCAUCAGGUCUCCGCGGUUCAGUAGCCCCGAUUGGCCAUAUGGCGAUAGCAGUAUGACCAUGGGUGGGCAGACUUUCGAUUCGGCGUUCGCCGCGGUCGUUGUGCAAGGCUUCUACGUCGCACGGGCGACUGGUGUCCAUACCUUCAGCUCCAGCGGUGACUACGUCGACAACUGGGGAUACCUAUGGACGGGGGACAAAUCUUACAGCGCGUACGAUUCAUCCAACACCGACUUCAAGUCUAUCCGCACGGCAGGGGGGCCUUAUGUCGGCGGCACCAAGCAGUUACAGAUGAAUGUUGGCGACGCCAUCCCGUUCACUUGGCUGUGGUCCAACGGCGGUGGCGUUGGAAACAGUGACCUCACCAUCACUGUCCCCAGCGGCGGAUUUUCGGGUGGUGAGGGCAACUUUGUCCCUGCCUGCAGCGCCAAUACUUUCAGCUAA